AUGGCAACAAAAACAAAAGAUACUAAUAAUAUUGUGAAGAAUAAGGACAAGAAAUCUUCAUCUUCUUCUACUUCUUCUCCAAUCUCAACCAUAAAAAGAAUCUCAAGACCAACAUCAUCAAGCUAUUUAGAGAGUUCCACUUCACAAAACCCAUCAGAAAAACAAAUCCCAAAUUAUCUCAAACCAACAAUUAGUUCACAACCAAGAUCCCAAUCCUUUAAACUAAGAAAUGAUAAUGUUCCAAACAAACCUACUCUAAAUAGAAGAAGAUCUUUUGAUAAACCACCAUCAGUUUCAAAGUUAUCAAAACAAAUUCAACAUUCUCCUUCAAGACAACAACAUAAACCACUUGUUAGAAGCAUUCUUCCUUCUUAUAAACCAGCUUCGGAUAAAACCUCGUCCAAGAAUCCAAAACAAAGUGUUACCAAGAAGAGUAAUACAAAGAGUGUUGCUACAAAGAGUAGUACUAAUGAAGAAACAAAAGAAAAAAACAAUGUGGUUGAAAAUGAACCAGAACCGGAACCGGAGCCCGAGCCCGAAGUUAAAGAAGCUAUAACAAAUGAAGAGAAUAUUGGAGAAGUAGAAAAAGUUGAUAAUGUUCAAGAACAUGACCAUGUUGAAAAUCUUGUACCUGAACUUAAUAAUUCUCAGGUGCAAGAUAUUGUACCUGAGAUUAAUCAGUCUGAACUAUAUAAUAUUGUACCUCAGAUUAAUGAAUCUCAGAUACAAGAUAUUAUAUAUGAGUCUCAGGUACAAGAUAUUGUACCCGAGUCACAGUCACAAGAUAUUGUACAAAUUGAAUCUGAUAAUGAGAAAGUGAAAGAGGUAAUUCCUACGUUGGUGUUAGAAGAAGAAGCAAAGGAAGAUCAAAUCAAAGAUGGACAUGAAGAGAGUGAGAUUACAAAUACAAACGAAGAUGAAUGCAACAUUAAUAAGAAUUAUGAACAAGAAACAAACCAUUCAACAAAUGAAGAAGAAGUUGUUGAGGUUAAAGAAAAAGAAGAAGAAGAUACAAAAAGUGAGGAAGAAGUUGUUGAGGUUAAAGAAAAAGAAGAAGAAUCAAGUGAAGUAAAAGAGAAAAAUGAAGAAAAAGUGGAGAAUGAGGUUGAAGAAGUUAUUACCAAAGUGGAUUCACCAAAGGAAAAGGAAGAAGAAAGUAGUGUGGUGCAAGGGAAGAAAGAGCCAACCCAAGUUUCCAAUGGUGUGAUUGAAGAAACUGCAGGCAAGUUAUUAGAAGAGAGAAGGAAUAAGGUGAGAGCAUUGGCUGGUGCAUUUCAAACUGUCAUUGAUCAUCAAACCAAAUGA